GGACCCUGAGCCUGAAGCCACCGGGGCCGAAACUGCGCUUUUUGCAUGAUAUUCACCGCUGGCUUUGGCCUGGGUCCCGGCUUCUCCAUCGCAUAUAUCGCACCCGACUUUAAGGCAGGGUUGGCCUAGAUCUCAGCCUGAAGACGACGACUGCCUCGACUAUUCCACCUCCCCAACACCACUCCAUCCACAAACUCGCACGACAACGCGCCACCCAUCGCCAUGACCAGCGUACUCAAGGGCGGCUUCGGCUCGCCCAGCACCGCCUCGCCCGAGUCCCCGAAUACAGGCACCGAGUUUGUCAACACGAUAUGCCCGCUCAAGGGCGCCCUCGACGGCUACGACAACUCGCUGCCGUGCUCCCGGCAAUCGAUACAUGUCCCGCCCAACUUUUGCGACGCCAUGGCCGUUCGAGAGGACGUCUUUGGCGAGCAGGGCGUCCCUCUGGAAGCCGAGUUUGACCAAGACGAUGCGCGCAGUUGGCACUGGGUUGCCUACGCCUCCGUCGCCACACACCACACCACACCUCCCAAGGUGCUGCGCCGCUCCGACUCGGGCAAUACGCCUGCCGAUGACGCCCGCCGCGCCUCUGCUACCGCUACGCGUGUCCCAGUGGCGACGAUCCGCCUCAUUCCCCCGCCUCACGGCCCAAACAAAUAUAUCCAACAGCACAAACCGGACAAGCAUCCGGAUGCAGAUCCCCCGUCGCAGGACCACGAUAACAAGCACCCAGCGGAGCCUUACAUCAAGCUUGGCAGACUUGCCGUUCGCGCACCCUAUCGUGGUCUCGGUCUUGCCAAGCUGCUCAUCAAUACUGCCCUCGACUAUGCCACAUCGAACCCUGAUGCAAUCUACCGACCUCCAUCCCCCACGGCACUAGAAAUGGCCCAGAUCCUAGGCCAUGCCAAAGAGAAGGAGAUUACAUGGCAGGGUCUUGUCAUGAUUCACGCCCAAGCAAACCUGCAGUCCAUGUGGGAGAAGCACGGAUUUCAUGAAGAGCUAAAGAACGAGGAAGGCGAGGUCGAAAUAGCGGCUGAGCCUCAUUGGUUCGAAGAGGGCAUUGAGCAUGUUGGAAUGUGGAAGAGGCUUCCUCUGGAGAAACGGAAGAGGUUGUCUCUUUCGUCUCUAGAGUCGAGCUAAACACGUUUUUAGGCCGUCACAGUACCGCCCUUGCCUGCGACACUCCUCUCCAUAUUACAUUAUACCCUCUCUAACGACGCCACGAUAUGUUCACUUUGGGUUUUAGUUUAGACGGAGGUUAUUUGAUUAAGAAUAAUGCAGACCCG